UGAAUACUUUCUGUACCCACUGUAUGUCAGAAGCCAGUUAUUAAAAAAUACAAAUGCAUGAAUGUUCCAAACAUGGAACUGUAUGUUCUGCAAGAAUCUAAAUUCCUGCAGGGAAAGACUAAAGCAUCUUAAAUCUGUGGAGGCCAGCCCAGUGGCUCAAGUGUUGUGAGUCAUUGCUCAGUUUGAGGACUCCAGACAGACGCUCUGUGCUACUGACUGACUCUGUGGGUUUGAUAUGAACACAGAGCGUCCAGCGGUGAAUCACAAUCUGUGCUCGUAUAUAUUUCUGCUGUCGUACAGUCUCGGCAGUCCUUCCAUUAUUCACCGUCUGUCUCUGAGGACGUCAUCCCAACCGUCUGUCUCUGCUGUCCGUCUUACCGAGACUCAGAUUCCCUAAUUAAAAGUGAGCUGGACGAUCUUACAGUUACGUGAAAAACGUUCCUCUCACACACACACACACACACAGAUAUUCACUUUCCUUCUUCCUCCUCUCCAGUUCUUCAGUUUUUUGGAAGUCCUGCCCCCGGCGAGCACGUGACUCUCUGAAUGACGUGUUUGACAUUAAUUACGUGUUGACAUCCAUGUCAGCGUUUUGCUUUUUAAACGUUAUCUAAUGACAAACACCUUGCGGCGCCCAGCCGCCGCGCUCCUCUCCAUGUUUGUGACAGCGCUCGGCGCCAUCGGGCCGCGGCGGCUUCAGAGCGCUGCCCUUUGACGUAUUGGAAAUUCAAUCUGACACGCGGCACCGGGCCGAUUCGCCCGGAGUCGCGUUCAUUGACCCGUUAAUCGGUUCCAGGAACGCCGGGCCGGGGUGUGUUACACAGAGAGCGUUCGGGGUCGGCUCAGUUUAGAGUUUUUGGGGGAAUCGGCUGAAGGUUUGAGGCCAAACCUCGGACUCAUUACUCAUGUCAGAAAGGGCAAUUUGAGCAAGUAGGAAUAUCUUCGUUGUUCUUUUACAACAUAAGUAAUUGUCAGGCUUUGCUUCUCAAAUAUAAAGUAAGAGAAUGUGUUGGCUGUUUCCCCGGUGGAAGUCUAUCAUGGCUUUGCAGACGGGAUGAAGAAUGGGGAUGUCAUCUUUCUCUUUCAGAGAAAUGUCCACCAAAAUAUUAGCAAGCAAGUGGAUGUUUACCACAUCUGUCUGACAAACUCCAUACCUCGGGUUUAUAAUCCAGACUUGAAGUUAUAAAUUUGUAUUUUUCAAGCCGAUGCUUCUCUAGAAUUGCAGAAGUCUGAAUACAUUCGUAUUCGUCUGAUUUCUUUGUUCAACACAACUACAUUAAUCUAGAUAAAGAGAAUAUUUUACUGUUUCAUAGAAGUUAAAGAACUUCUCUUCCAGGACUUUAUUUCAGCUCGUUAAACGAUGUUUUACAGCCUCGUUGAUGAAAGAGGAGUUAUUGAUGCGUGUCCUUAUUGACCUCGUCCAGUUAAACUAACAGCAGUCAAGCCCCACUGAUUAAAUCUGCAUCUCAUCCAGACCAUGCAGCUGUCGUCUCGCUGUGUCACCGGAUGCUACGUCACGUCUUCAUGUGCUGCAUCGCAUCAGACCGCAUGAAACCACAUGAGAUACGUCACUUUCUGCAGAUGUGCCUUUGAUCAAGACUCUUCAUAUUUAGCAGCUCUGCAGGUGCUACUCGACAAUCAUACAAAUUGUGUCGACGUCCGGUGUCAAAUACACCCCGUCAGGAUAAAGUGUUUUUAUAAAGACUUCUCCGUCUGCACUGUGCAGCUUCCUUCACUCUGAGUGUUUGUAGACGAGGUUUGUUCUCAGCUAUCUUAGACAAACAUGACAUGAAACAAAACAACGAUGAUCCCAUCAACUCCAGUUCAAGUCCCCCAAAGUCCAUUAUGACAGUGUGAUCGGGUUAAAGGUCUAAUUCGUGAGACCAACAUACACACGCGGUGGCUACAGCUUAGAGAGGAGGACGAAACGUACUCGGUCCUCUUUAGAAAGGAGGGAGGAGACGGAGGAGAAGCUGGUGUUUAGUUCAAAUAUGAAUCGACCUCCGUUAUUAUUUAUGUUUGCCGUAUGUAGGUUAGUACAGAAACUGUCCAAGCAUUUACAUUAAAAACAAAUGUGUGAAAUAAUAGACUUCAGUGGAGAACUUCUAACACUUUAACGUUAUAUCCUUCAUGAAGGGAGGACUCCGUGCAUGACUGUUGUAUUAGACGGCAUUCAUUUUAGGUGAUUAAGUGGGAAAAUCUGGAGGUGAUCAUGUGCACUAAUCCUGUUCCUGUUUGUUUUGGUUUGUUUGUGUGUACAGUUUGUGUGGCAUCAUUCCAGGUCUGAGCAGAGUGCUGCUGCCUCGGAUGAACCCGUUUGUCCUGAUCAACAUGGCGGGAGCUCUGUCGAUCUGCAUCACCUACAUGCUCAUAGAAAUCAAUAACUAUAAUGCGGUGGACACGGCGUCGGCGGUCGCCAUCGCGCUCAUGACGUUCGGCACCAUGUAUCCCAUGAGCGUCUACAGCGGCAAAGUGCUGCUGCAGACGACGCCGUCGCACAUCACCGGCCAGCUGGACAAACUGCUCAGAGAGGUGUCGACUCUGGAAGGAGUGCUGGAGGUUCGAAACGAGCACUUCUGGACUGUCGGCUUCGGAUCUCUGGCCGGCUCUGCACACGUUCGUAUCCGCCGUGACGCCAACGAGCAGCUGGUUCUGGCUCACGUCACCAACCGGCUGCUGCCGCUCGUCUCCACGCUGACCGUCCAGAUCUUUAAAGACGACUGGACCAGACCGCUCCUCACCGGGACCCUCUCCUCCGCCUCCUCUGCUCCCCCUCUGGGUCCUGAAGGCUACGCCACCGUCUCCUCCUCCAUGCCUCCUCCGCUCUUGACCUCAGGAGGGGAGAUGGACCCACUGACUUCCACGCCCUCCAAACCCAGCAGCCCUCCACCAGAGUUCGCCUUCGACACACCGGGGAGGAAUGUGCAGCCGGUGGUCCUCCCCAACCCGGGACACCACGCCCACCGGCCCUACGGAGGCCUGGGACUCCCCUACGGAGCGUCUGCCUACACGGGGAUGCUGAGUCAGGGUCUGGUGCGGCCCGGUGGCGGGUUGGGACUCGGAGCGCAGGGUCUCGGUGCGCAGGGACUCGGAGCGCAGGGACUCGGAGCAGGGUUCGGACUGGGUGCGAGCGGGGUGCCUUACAGAACUGCCUUCGGAGGGUCGGCGGCGCCGCUCCGGUUUGGAACCAGCAACCCUCUGGCUUCACAGUCGCAGUACAGACAACACCGACCGUGAUUGUGCAGCGCUAGAACUCCCCUCCAGACGCUUUCACUCACGAUGAAGGUGAAGUUUGUCCACAGCUCAGUUCAGAUAUUUAAAUCUGAUGAGAUUUAUAUUCCUGUCCAGGCUGGAUGGCCGACGCUACAGCAUUUACUUCCCAGUGUGACACCAAGAUGGUAACUUUAGAUUUAAGUCUUGUAGUGUGAGCCGCCCCUGACUUUAGAAGAGAGGUGGCGAGGAUGUUGUGGUAUUUAUUUUGGGGACCAAACGGAUGACUGUGGUUGGAUUUGUUAUGUUUGAGUCUGUUUUUUUUAUUCGGAAACAUCCUCAAUGGGAGGCUGACGGUUAUUUUCUUAACGCUGUUCGGAAACGUUUUGUGGCAACAUCUUCAAACAUCAUUUCUGGAGAAAGGUAAUAAAAAGUGUUGAAUUAAAACAAAAAUCCAGUUUUACAUUUUUACAUUUCAGCCAUUUAAAGGACACUAGAAUCCAAAUCAUUGACAGUAAAAACCUCCCAGACAGGAGAUCAAAGGUCAGAGGUGACAGCACUCUUACCUCCUAUCUCCUAGUCUUUUACUAAUGAUGAUGUUAAAGAGGAGAAAAGAAUUGAGGGAGAUUUAGAAAACGGGAAGGUGAUCAAGAAGACUUUCAUUCAUGGUGUAAAACUUCCAGUUCAUCUUCUAAAGCUUUGAGGUGUGUUGAAGUGUAAGUGUUGCCUUAAAGUGUCUCGAGUAUUUGACGGCCACUCGACCAGCAUUUAAACAUGAAUAUUGUGUUAAAAACAAAAACAUGUUCAUGUGCUGAUUUGCUCCUCAUCUACGUUUUAUGUUUGGUAUAAAACUACAUUUAUUUUCUUCUGCUCUUAACUUCUAAUUUCACCUUUUUGUCUACAGAGCUGCUGCUGAAGACUCACGCAGAGUGAAACACGAACACAGUUAACAUCAUCGUGAUCGUUGCACGUUUAGGGUUUGAAGUAAACAAUUCAUUUUUUAUUAAAAUAUUAGCUUUGUUUGUUCUGUUAUGUUUGAAAACGCACAUCACAACUUCCUAAAUUGUACGACCAACAUUCCUCAACACGAUCUUUCUUCUUUUUUUUUUUUUAAUCCAAUUUUUUUGCAUUAAAAAUGAUUCAUGUGACUCAAAACUGUUGCAGGUUCGUCUUCUGUUCAGCGACUGACUGAGCUGUUCCUCAGUGUGUGUCUGCAGACUGAAUGUUACCGAGUGUUCCUGCAUGUGGUUAGCAGCAGCUCUGCAGACAACGUUCUCCUCAGACUCUCUUGUUUUGUGUUAUUCCUCCAGACACAUUCACAUCUUUGUAUCUCCUCAAGUGGAAUUUGGAGGAAUGUGAAGAAAAGUUGGAUUACUGUGAAUCUGUUUUAUUUCGUCAUUAAACACGGAGCCUUUUCAGGGGGAGGAGCAUUUCAUGUGCUCUGCUGGGAGUGUAUAUUUGACUGGGAUGUUUCUUUUUAUUUAUGUUUUUUAAUAUGAACUCGAGCUGGGUGUCAAACAACAGUUAUUCCUUGUUAUCCAUUUGUCACAGGUUUCUGGUGCCUUUCUCACAUUCAGGGGGAAAAACACAUUUAUUAUUUGAAUUCUUACAUCGGUGAUCAAUAUGAUGCUUUUUCACAACAGUUACGAGUCGGAGAAAUGCUCUUUAGAUAGAUGAAUAAAUAAAGAACACUCAGCCCUAAUGAGACAUAUUCCAUGUGUGUUCAUUUCAAAAGGACGGAGACCGUUAUUAAGAGCUUUGGCGUUUUCUCUCUUCUGCUGAAUGAAACGUAAUUCAUCUUUAAAUCUGCGACACGGCCUGAAGUUACAAAAAAAAAAAAAAGUGCAAAUGUUAAUUUAAAGAGCAACUUAAGUCUGUUGAAUGUGAGAAAAGUGUGCAGCUGUAACCAAACCCAGCAGUGAUGUCACAGUCCUGGAGUACACCUGUUCAUCACAGCACGCUGAGAAGUUUAACUAUUAGAAAUCAGCAGAAACGAGACUGGAAGAGGAACUCUGAUGCAUUUAGACUCAAUGGAGCUUUCAGAGUAGAUCGCUCCCUCCACAUUCUGUACAAACUAGUGCUCAUAUUUAGGUGCCUUCAGUCGCCCUCUCUGUAAUCAUUUGCUUCUCCAGGCGUCACUGAUCUACAUCAGUGUGUGAUGAGUCUCUCUGCUCCUGCAGCAUCUCCUUGCUCCCUCAAGGCAUCAUGGGAAACCUCUUCCCCUCAGCGUAGCCUGACGUGACCUUCCGACCUCACAACAUCUGUUGUGAAGAGGAAUCUCCCGUCUCUCGUGACAGAGCUGAUCAGCAAGUAAGUACAUCAACUAAGGUUCGGCAUAAACGUGUUGAAUACAGGGAGCUGUAACCGGGAGUGUUGUCUCCAAAAGUCUCCCGUGAAAAAUACCUGCAGAUAUUUGACACGAGUGCACCUGUGUGCUCCCAUAGUUGGCACAGAAACAAAGACACCUCCGAACAUUAACGCUUCCACUCAGCUGCUGUGUCAAAGAGUUCAAAAUCUGUGAACGAAGAUCAACCAAAUAUUACAGCUAAACAUCCAAGAACAAUACUCGGUACUUCAAACCACAGAUUCAACAUGCCACAAUGGACGCAUGCUUCUUCCCUGCCUUUUACAAUAAAAACACUCAUAAAUACACAGAAGCGAUACUUUAAAAGCUAUUCGGUUGUUUUUUUCACCUAAAAACGUCUCUACUUUUUAGAGAAAUUGUUCUACUGAAAAGGUAGAACAUCAUCUUCUGCAUAUGAAAGAA